GGCACCAUGGCCUCCGAUAGCGAGGCGCAGCGGGCGCUGCAGUAUGAGCAGACCCUGAUGUAUGGGCGUUACACRCAGGACUUGGGCACCUUCGCCAAGGAUGAGGCAGCCCGGCUGCGGCUGCACGAGGGGGACACCCCCCGGCCCCGCCGCCCCUCCGAGCUGCUGGAGUACAGCCAGGGCCGCUGUGCCCCCUGUCGCGUGUGCGCCUUGCAGUGCCAGCGGUUCCUCAUCUCCAAGGUGGGCGAGGACUGGGUCUUCCUCAUCCUGCUGGGGCUGGUCAUGGCACUGGUCAGUUGGGCCAUGGAUUUUGCCAUCGCCACCUGCCUCCAAGCUCAGAAGUGGAUGUACGGGGGCCUGGACACCAACGUGCUGCUGCAGUACAUGGCCUGGGUCACCUACCCCACGGUGCUCAUCACCUUCUCGGCCGGCUUCACCCAGAUCCUCGCACCCCAGGCCGUGGGCUCAGGGAUCCCGGAGAUGAAGACCAUCCUGCGGGGUGUCGUGCUGAAGGAAUACCUCACCCUCAAGACCUUUGUGGCCAAGGUGAUCGGGCUGACAUGUGCCCUGGGCAGCGGCAUGCCCCUGGGCAAGGAGGGUCCCUUUGUCCACAUCGCCAGCAUGUGUGCAGCCCUGCUCAGCCGCUUCCUCUCCCUCUUCGGGGGCUUCUAUGAGAAUGAGGCAAGAAACAUUGAAAUGCUGGCAGCUGCCUGUGCCGUCGGCGUUGGCUGCUGCUUCGCCGCCCCCAUCGGAGGCGUCCUCUUCAGCAUCGAGGUCACCUCCACCUUCUUUGCYGUCCGCAACUACUGGCGUGGCUUCUUUGCCGCCACCUUCAGCGCCUUCAUCUUCCGCGUCCUCGCUGUCUGGAACAAGGAUGAAGAGACAAUCACGGCACUGUUCAAAACCCGCUUCCGCCUCGACUUCCCCUUCGACCUGCAGGAGCUGCCUGCCUUUGCCGUCAUCGGGAUUGCCAGCGGCUUCGGGGGCGCGCUCUUUGUCUACCUCAACCGCAAGAUCGUGCAGUUCAUGCGCCGCCAGAAGACCAUCAACCGCUUCCUCAUGAAGAAGCGCCUGCUGUUCCCUGCACUAGUGACACUGAUCAUCUCCACGCUGACCUUCCCACCUGGCUUUGGACAGUUCAUGGCUGGCCAGCUCACCCAGAAGGACACCCUGGUGACACUCUUUGACAACCAGACGUGGGCCAAGCAGGGGCUCAGCGAUGAGUUUGAAUACUUGGGCAUCCUGGAGGCCUGGCGCCAUCCCCGCUCCAACGUCUUCGUCACCCUUGUUGUCUUCAUCCUCAUGAAGUUCUGGAUGUCAGCCUUGGCCACCACGAUCCCAGUGCCCUGUGGAGCGUUCAUGCCCGUCUUCGUCAUUGGGGCAGCCUUUGGGCGCCUGGUGGGGGAGAGCAUGGCAGCCUGGUUCCCUGACGGCAUCCACACRGACAGCAACAUCUACCGCAUCGUGCCGGGGGGCUACGCCGUGGUGGGGGCAGCCGCACUGUCRGGUGCUGUCACUCACACGGUGUCCACGGCCGUCAUUGUCUUCGAGCUGACGGGGCAGAUCUCGCACAUCUUGCCUGUCAUGAUCGCUGUCAUCCUGGCCAACGCGGUGGCCCAGAGCCUCCAGCCCUCCCUCUAUGACAGCAUCAUCCGCAUCAAGAAGCUUCCCUACCUCCCUGAGCUGGGCUGGGGCCACCACGAGAAAUACAACGUGCGGGUGGAGGACAUCAUGGUGCGGGAUAUCCGCUACGUCACCCUCAACUGCAAGUACCGGGACCUGCAGCAGGUCCUGCACGGCACCAAGAUGAAGAACCUGCCACUGGUGGAGUCAGCUGAGUCCAUGAUCCUGCUGGGCUCCAUCGAGAGGUCGCAGGUGGGGGCCCUGCUCAACAGCCAGCUCAGUCCCCAGCGCCGGCUCCUGACCCUGCGGCAGAAGGUGCUGUCCGAGGAUGGGCACCGGCUCUCCGAUUCCAGCAUCCGCUUCCAGAUCAGCACAGAGACCUCCUCAGGCAGCCCAGCCCGCCCCGCGCUCCGCAAGCCCCUGAAGCCRGCGCUGAAGCGGGUGCCCAGCAGCCCGGCCGACAGCCCCCCGGCUGGCACCACUGAUCACUCUGGCAUCGCCCUCAAGAGCCUCUUCUGUGCCAAUGCCGCYACAGAGCCCACCGAGGCCCAGGUCACAGCCUAUCCCAAGGCCAAACGCGUCCGCAUUUCCAUUGUGGAGGARAUGAUUCUGGGUGACAAGAUGACCCCAGCAGAGAUCCUGGAGUGGGAAGAACAGCAGCUGGACCAGGUGGUGGACUUCAGCAGUGCCAAGAUCGACCCCGCGCCCUUCCAGCUGGUGGAGCACACCUCACUGCACAAGACCCACACCAUCUUCUCUCUGCUGGGCCUGGACCACGCAUUUGUCACCAGCAUUGGGCGACUGGUGGGCAUGGUGUCCCUCAAGGAGCUGCGCAAGGCCAUCGAGGGCUCGCUGACCGGCAAGGGGGUGAAGGUGCGCCCGCCGCUCGCCAGCUUCCGCGACAGCACCGCCAGCACCACCGARGCCGACACCACCGCCCUGCGCCAGCUCUGGGACCGCCACCAGCACCACCACAUGCCCCGCGAGGCUGGUCCUGGGGGCGACGAUGAUGACGACAGCCCCAAGGGCCAGUGAGACCCUUGAGAUCCCCCUCCCACGUCCCCAGAAGCCACAGGGGCCCCCUGGCAGGUGCUGGGGGUUGCMCGCCCCGAGCCCACUGACGCCAAGCUCAGCACAGGAGUGGGCACCCUCAAUCCAGUGCCACUGCCCCCUCCCUGUGCUGGGGACCAGCURAAUGCCCCCCAGCCAUCCCCUGCUCCCCAGCUACCUGCCAGAUCUUGGGGCUUCCCACUUCGCUACCUCUGCACCCCCCAGCCCCUGGUGCCCCCCCCAGAAUGGCCACUGCCCUCAUCCCCUCUGUGGGCACCACAAAGUCCCUGCUCGGGGUGGCACAGGGUGGGGAGAGGGGCAUCAGGUUGGGGUGUCCACGGGGACAUGGUUGGGCGCUGCCCCCUGUGCUCAGCACCUCAUAGCUGGGAACAGUGGGUCCUGCUGCCUGUCUGCCAUGCACCCCUCCCCAUGUAAAUACAGAGAUUUUUAUAUUAAUUUAAUAAAAGGACUUUAUAAACAGA